GUUGGAUGCCCCUGUCACCAGCAGAUUUGUUGACGUGCAUCCACUCAUGCGUCACUCAUUACCAACUAGUACAUUAAACAUCAUUUUGGGGUCUAGCGUUCUCUACCACUUUGGAUGAUGUUAGAGAUAUUGAUCUUUCGAGAGCUAUGGGUGCCCGAAUCCUAGCAUGUUUUUUCUUUUUAGUUUCUGUAAGAUUCAUGUUGGACAUUCUAUUGUCAUUUUGUCCAUGGAUGUAUCUAUUAACGUUUGUAGAGGUUUUUACUUUUUUUUGAGCGAGGAGAGAGCAGACCGAGAAACAAACUAAGGAGAAAAGCCUAGACACUGAUUCAUUAAGCAGGGCACUCAAAUGGUUUUCUUUCUUUCCUAUUUCAUUUUCAGGGUUACUCUGUUUCAGUCCUUAUUCCUUAAGGGGAUUAAGUUAACUUCACCAGCAAUGGCAACAGCCAUGCCGAACCUUGCUCCAGGGCUUAUUUUCAUUAUUGCUUGGACAUUAAGGUUAGAGAAAGUUAAGCUAUGUUGCGUAUACAGCAAAGUCAAGAUUGUAGGCACCAUUUUAUGCGUUGUAGGUGCCCUCAUGAUGAGUCUAAUGAGCAGCACUGAAUCAGCAAAAGAGUCAAAGUCCACGGAAAGUACUCCCACGGGAGAUAUGAGCUUCGACAAACAUAAGAUUAACGGUUGCUUAUAUCUCAUAGCAGCGGUUUUUGUUCUAUCAAGCAAUGUUGUAUUGCAGGCUACUACUUUGGGUGAUUUUCCUGCUCCUAUAUCCCUGUGUGCCAUAACAUCAUUGAUUGGAGUAAUUAUAACUGCGAUUGUAGAAUUGGUUCUAAACCACAGAGUGGACGUUGGCUGGCCCCUGAUGAGACUCGGGACCCUCAUUUGCUAUUCUAUACUGGGAGGUGCUGUUGGUGGAGCAUGUGUGAGCUUCAAUGGAUGGGCAAUGAAGAAGAGGGGCCCAGUUCAUGUGGCCGUGUUUAACCCCAUUGGAACAGUUAUCUCAGUUGUUUUUUCUGUUAUUACCUUAGGCGACAGAUUUAACCUUGCAAGCCUUGCUGGUAUGUUCCUCAUGUUCACUGGUCUAUACUUGGUGCUAUGGGCUAAAGGCAAAGAAGGUUUCCGUGAUGGUGAUCACCUGGAAAGUGAGUUUGAUCCACAGAAGCGUCUCCUGGCUUGAUAAUUAGCGUCAAUAUUCAGAUAGAUUGCCCUAAUUUGUUCAGUCAGCAAACCCUGUAUUGGAAAGAGCUAGUGCACAGAGGAAACGCUAGCUUUAUUGUUGUUGACAGGUUCACUAGAAAAACCUCCUGGUGUGUAAAUAUUGUUCAAGAUACUCACCCCUUCUGGAAUCAUAGAAUGAUCAGACUACAUGUGUUUCUUGAAAGCUCGAACAUAUUUUGGGUUGUGUGUAGAAACUUGAGAGAUUCUUGGAAAAAUGUUUCCGUGGCUAAUAUAAUUGUACUUGUAUAAAGCGGUUUGAUUUGUUGUA